CGUGAUUCCUUUGGGGAAGCCAUGACUGUUUAAAGUGGUAUGAUACUGCUUUAGAUGUAAGUUUACAAGGGAGAGGUCCCCUUUCAUGUCUGUAUCGCAGCCAAUCCCACACCACGUGAUUUACUGUUUCCUCCACCCUGCAAGGACAAAUCUACAGGACAUUUAAAUGCUUCCAUACUUCCACCCUGGGAAGUUAACCUAUCACCUGAAUUUUUAUCCGCUGGGCUUACAGCAGGCUAUGUUCUCCCAUCCCACCAGUUACAUUCCAUAAGGAUAGUCAUGCUGGGCUUUUCAGUUGUUCUUUGUAUAGCUUAUUUCUGCCCCAGUUUUGGGGUGCUGGUAUCUCCCGAUCCUGAGCUUCUGUCUCAAGGAAGGACCCGCCUGCAACAGGCCCGUGAACUGGCUCGACACCCCCGCUAUGGUACUUGUUGGAUGGGAGCCUUAGGGCAACUAGACGCUGGGUGCAGGGAGCUGGAUGAGGAGCAGCAAAGCCGCAUUGCAAUCGCUUUUGCCCAUUGCCACCUCCAGCGGUCUGGGAGGAAGUUUCCCCCCUGUGAACCUAGCAGCUCCAUCCGUGGUUGCACACAGGACAUGGACCCAGUGGCGUUUGGAGUGUACACAGAGUUCUUCACCCAUGCUCAAAGCAUCUGUUAUUUCCUGCACAAUGAGGCCUGGCAACAACAAGCCCAAGAUACCAUGCACAGGCUGACGUCUUCUUCAGAGACUGUGGCCCGCCAACUGGAAUCCACCCAUCAGCUUGCUGGAGAGAUAGCCCAGGCACAGGAUGCCACCUUGCGCUCUCAGGAGCAGAUCCUACAAGACGGGGAGCUGCUACAUCAGAUACUGCGUGACUCCUCCCAAGGGGUGCGCCAGGCCUUCCAAGAAUUGCAGGAUUCAGCUGUUGAGCAGCGAGUAGCCUUUGCUGAGAUCUUUAACCGGGUUGCAUUUCUGCACCGCUUUGUCAUUGGGGAGUCCAGCGCUCUCUACUCGGUCUUCUUCCAUCUCCUAAGUGGGGCUGCCAGCCUGGUGCUGACCUCUAGCCAACUGACUGCAAGAGCACGGUUUCCUCUGCUGAUAUUGGUGGGAGCAAACAUUUACCUAGAACGUGUCAUCUGCAGCCUUCUCAUGGAUGAAGUGGACGGGGGCCAUGACCUGACGGAGAGAAUCUCCUUCUGGGUGGGCCUAUCACGUCGAGGUUUUGCUUGUCUGGGCUUCGCUGUGGUGACUUAUUUUAUCUGGAUCUACAAAGACCCAGCCAAACAGAGCCAGGAGGUACUGCAAAGUCUACAGGAGACCCGGACAGAGAUCCAGCGGCUUCUGCAAGAAACAGAGAGGCUACUGGCGGAACCAGAGCUCCUGCUUCUGGACUCGGAGGUCAAUGCAGAGAAGAAGGAAUUCACUGACUCAGGAUUCCCAAAGCUGCUGCCCUGCUCACAGCACAGAACUGCAACGCAAGUAAAGGAACGCAGGGCUGACCAGCAGAAAAUGGAAGAGACGUGGACUAGCAGUCCCAAGCGGAGGGGGCGUUCUCCAUCCCGCACUCGACGUUCUCCAUCCCGCACUCGACGUUCUCCAUCCCGCACUCGACGUUCUCCAUCCCGCACUCGACGCUCCCGGUCCCGCCAGCGCAAUCGGACUAGGAAUGUCACUGCCCAGCCACUGGCAAUCCCUGUACCUCUGGAACAGGCUCUGCAGCGCAGCCUUCAGAGCCAUAGAUCCUUGGAAGUGCCUCGCCCUCCAAUCCAUCAUUAAAGCUGGGCUUGCGAAUGGGAAGACUCCAGGGAUACACCUAUGCAGCUGAAGGGGGAAGAUUUCUCUCAUGGCUUCCAGCUCUGUACCUUAGCAGCCUCAGUUCCAGCCAGAGUGGGAAUAUUUUGGAAAGGAACAAUACUCUGGGGUGUGUUCUGGUGGAAUUCCACGCCCUGAAUUGGGACGAUGAUGAGAGCAGGAAUGAAUUUUGCUGGACCGUAGCAUAGGAGUGACUCCUCUCCGUAAGAUCAUGAGCUACCUGCAGCAGGCAGUGACAUUACACUCUAGGGCAGGC